AUGACAACAGAUCGAAUUUCAAGGCGAGUAGAUGUAUUAUUUACUUUCGAAGAUAUUCAUUUAGGUGUCAAUGAACUCGAACAAUUUGAUUACGAAAUCAUCGUUCCAAAACGAACGACUGAAAAGAAACGUUCAAUAGACAAUCAGCUUUCUUUUCGAAUCAAUGGUUUUAAUCAGCGAUUCGAUUUGUCAUUAAAGAAAGACACGACGUUUCUUUCACCGAAGUUUUUUGUUCAAUAUUUCAAUCAUACUCAAACAUGGAUUAAUCGAAGUGUGAAGCGUUGCUUUUACAAGGGUUAUGUUAAUGAUAAUCAUAGGUCUACUGUGUCAAUUAGUCUAUGUGAUGGUUUGUUCGGAACGUUUAUUUACAAUGGGAAAGAAUAUUUUAUCGAGCCAAAGCCUCAUACGAAUGGUACGACAUGGAAUUUUGAACAUCUGUUAUACACACAUAAUCAUAAACGAGCGGUAACGAAACGCAAGAAUAUCUGCCGUGUUCGUGAUAAUCAUAGAUUCCAUCUUGAUCAACCGCAAAAUUCAACGAUCAGAAAGAGACGGAAAUUGAAUUUUGACAAGAUGGCGAAACAUGUGGAGAUUCUGGUUACUUAUGAUAAUUCAAUGAAAGAAUUUCAUGCGGAUAUCGACGUAAAAUCGUAUAUUCUGACAUUAUUCAGCUAUGUUUCACAUUUGUAUUCGGAUGCAAGUAUUGGAAAUAAUAUAAAGAUUUGGUUAGUUAAACUCGUCGAAUUGGGAAAAGAUCUUGGUGAUCAAACCAAACCGAUCGAUGAUGCUGCUGAUCUCUUACGUCAAUUCUGUCAAUGGCAAAGAGAUUACAAUACUCCGGGAACAUAUGAUGCCGCUGUUCUUCUUACAAGAAUGCCUUUGUGCAACUCACGUACAAGUACGACGACUGACAGUAAAUGUGAUACGUUAGGUAUAACUGAGUUAGGAACCAUGUGUAAUCUAACGUCAAAUUGCGCUGUUAUACGUGAUAAUGGAUUUGCGACCGCGUUUACCAUCGCUCAUGAAAUCGCGCAUUUAUUUGGUAUUCGUCAUGACAAUGAUCAAGUUUGUCAGAAUUUCAAUAAGGAACAGAAUCUAAUGGCGACAUCGCUGAUUUUCAAUUAUAAUCAUUACAAAUGGUCGAAUUGUAGUCAAUAUUAUUUUACACAAUAUCUGGAAUCGAAUCGAUAUUCUUGUUUGAACAACCUACCAGAUGAUAAAUCAUUAUCAAUCGAAAGAUUAAACAAUGAACAAAAAGCUCGGGAAUUACCUGGCCGUUUGAACAAUCUCGAUGAUCAGUGUCAGCGAGCUUUCGGAAGCAAGUUUGAAUACUGUAAAGAUCUCAGUCAUGGUCCAAAAUGCGCUCGCCUAUAUUGUCGUCAAAGAUCCUCCUAUGCUUCAUCAUGCAUAACAAACCACGCGCAUUGGUCCGAUGGUACUGUAUGCUCAGAUUCACAUUUAGAAAUUAAGCGUUGUUUUCAUGGUCAAUGUCGAAGCACACAUGAUUUACUGGCAGUAAAUGGUGAUUGGGGUGACUGGUCACCUUGGUCAUCGUGUACGCGAACAUGUGGAAGUGCUAUACAAAAAUCACAACGAUUUUGUGACAAUCCAAAACCGGAAAAUGGCGGCCAAUAUUGUUCGGGUCCAUCAACACAAAUACGCACAUGCGAAGAUAAUCCACCUUGUGAAGAUUCAGUUGACAUGUUUCGUUACCGUCAGUGUUCGAAAUAUGAUAAUCAAACGAUCGAUCCCUCAUUGCCAAGUGGUGUUCGAUUCGAACCGAAAUUUAACGUAUUAUCAUCCGAACGAUGUAAACUAAUCUGUAAGGUUUCCGAUGAUGAUUUGGAACGAUCAUUCAUUCUGAGCGACCGCGUCGAGGAUGGUACACCUUGUGGACGUGAAGAUGAAAUUCGUGAUCUUUGUAUCAAUGGAAUUUGUAUGCCUAUUGGCUGCGAUAAUAAGUAUGGAUCAAAUGCAACUGAAGAUGUUUGUGGAGUAUGUAACGGACAAAAUCGAACGUGUAAAUUGAUACACGGACAAAAACAUAUCUCACAUAUUGGUUCGUGUCUCGAUCUUCGUUUUCCUACUGACUUUUUCUAUUCGUAUUUUAAAGGAAUAACACAUAUUGUCGAUAUUCCAAUAAAUACAACCCGUGUCAGCGUCACUCAAGUAUCUUCCAGUGUUGAUCGAUACUAUUUAGCUGUCCGAUAUUCUAAUGGAACAUACGCCCUCAAUGGUUUGCACAGCUUACAGCUGUAUAAUAGUGAAUUUCAUAUUGGUAAUUCGAAAUUACUCUACAGCGGAUUCGGUUUUAGUAAUGAAAGUAUUUUGAUCACUGGCCGUCUUCAAGUUACACUAGAAAUUCAAUUGAUUUCACUCUACGAAGUUGAUCCAUCGGCAACGAGUGUCUAUUGGGAAUAUUAUACUCCGUACGAUGAAGACGACUAUGUUCGCCACUAUGAGUAUCAAUCGAUUGAUCAUCACUGCGACCGACCGUGUCAAGGUUAUAAACAAAUGAAAAAGUGUUUGAUACACGAAACGGAUUACGAUUCGAUUUAUUGUUUGAUUUUCAAAUUACCGUUUACACAUCAAACCGAACGGUGCAAUGAUCAUUGCGUCUUGAGCUGGACAGCGAGAUAUCAACAGGCGUGUUCGACACGAUGUGGUGAAGGUUACAAACGCGUUCUAUUUCAAUGUACGAAGAGUAGUUCGUACGUCGAGUCAAUGGAUGAUGAAGUCUGCAGGAAAUAUGUCGGGGAAAAGCCGAAGGAAAUCGUUGCGUGUAUGGGAAACUGCGAUGAACUGGGUUGGGUUUAUGGAGAUUGGAGUGAAUGUUAUGAGGAUGGAAAUUGUGUACGAAAGCGUUUAGCUCAAUGCCGAAAUGCAAGUGGUUUAACAGUACCAGAUGAGAAUUGUAAUGCAGAAUUUUUGUUCAAUGUUGAGCGAUGUGCACAAUCAGCUUGUCAACUAUCUCAGUGGAAUUUUACCGCCUGGUCCGAAUGCGAUUGUACUUCACAACUUCGUUGGCGAAAUGUUUCAUGUGUGCGUGAUGACGAGCAGAUUAGUGAAUUCGAUUGUUUACACGAGCCUAAACCUGAAGAGACGAUUUCGUGCUCGGACCAGUGUCCAAAAUCGUACUGGCUAGCCGAUGCUUGGCAAGCAUGUUCAAUAACAUGUUCAUCGCUCGAAGGUGUUCGUUCUCGGCGAGUGAUGUGUUUGUCUAAUAGUUCAGUCGUUCCAAAUCGUUUUUGUCAUCAAGAAUUGAAACCAAUCGAACAAGAAGCAUGCACAAGCAAUCUGACUUGUUUGGCAUGGGUUACCGGUCAAUGGUCGACCUGUUCAGCAACAUGUGGCCUGGGCAUUCAGCAACGACAUGUUUAUUGUCAUGAUCUAUCCCGUCCAUCACUUUAUAUUACUGACGAAGAAUGUCAAAAUGUGCUAGGUGAAACAAGCAAACCAUUUUAUCAGCAAAAUUGUACUUUAACAGAUUGCCCUCGCUGGCAGACAAGUGUACAGAGCAAUUGCACUGGUAAAUGUGAAAUGGCUAAACAUGGCCGAACCCUUUGGUGUUCACAUCAUGGAUACAAGGUUGAUGACGAUUAUUGUUUACAGAUAUACGGAACGAAACCUUCAAUAACUGAAAUGUGUAGUCAAGAAGAGUAUUGUCCUCGAUGGACAGUUGGCUUAUGGUCAGAGUGUUCAGUGACAUGUGGAAUAGGAAUUCGAAAUCGGUCGAUUUCAUGUAAAAGUCACAAUGAAACAGUGGAUCUACAAGAAUGCGAUGCUACCGAUCGACCAUUAACAGCCAAAGAAUGCCAUAGGAGUUCUUGUGACAAUGUCACAUCCACCUGGAGGAUAGGUGAUUGGACCGAGUGCGGCUUGCACAAUUGUUUACAAACACGAACGAUCGAGUGCGUUGAUCAAAUUCGUCAAGAGUUAUUGCCAAUGUCUGCAUGUUUACACAGUCAACAUCGACAUUCAACAAAACGAAUUUGUCUACUACCAGAAUGUUUAGAGUGGCAAAUCGGUGAAUGGCAUGGUUGUUCGGUCCGAUGUGGAUUCGGUAUUGAAUAUGGUUCUGAUUUGCAAUGUUACACUCGUCAACUGCCGCACAGACGAGUGAAUAUUAGCGAAUGUGAAUCAGUACAACCUCCAUUACCGAAACCAGUGACGCGACGGAUCUGUCGAAGGCAUUGUAUCGAAUGGCGAACGAACGAUUUAACAAAAAUCAUUUCAUUCAAUCAUUCAAUUCAAAAGUCAUAUUCAUUAUUGAUAUUGACGGUUCUUCAAUCAUAUUGCAUCCUACUAACUAAAUUUAACCCUCAUCAUUCGAUUUGGAUCUUUUAA